UAUUAACCAAAAUUUUUAGUGGUUCUAGCAAUACUAGCAGUAUUUGCUGCAAUUUUUGUGGCUUUCGUUUCCGCCGAAAUACCAACUAAAUGCCCAGAAGUAAAUGGAGAAGAUGUCGUUCUACUUCCGAAUCUAGAUGAUUGCUCAACCUACUAUGAAUGCAACGGAGGAGAGCCAGUUUUAAUGGAAUGUAGUAUAGGACUUGAGUACAAUCCUGAUUUAAGAGUAUGCGAUUAUCCAAAUCUCAAUGCAGUUUGCAAACAUCGUCCGGGAGUCAGUCCAGCACCAAGCAAUCCUGAUUCUCAACAUCGACCCUCAUCCAGUGAACGACCCUCAUCCAGUCAACGACCUUCUAAACCACCACGUCCUACACCACCAUCAUCCAGUUCGAAACCACCUAGACCACGUCCUACAUCCAAUCCGAGACCAUGUAAACCAAGACCAUGCCGACGACCAAAACCAUGCUCAUCCAGACCAAACCCUCCAUCCCACCAUUUACCUACCUCAUAUUCUUCUAAUUGGUGGCCUCUUCCACGAGAAUACUAUGAAAAUGUAUUAUCAAAUGAAGAAUAUGAAAAUGAAGAAUAUGAAAAUGAAGAAUAUGAUUAUGAUUUAGAAGAAUAAGAUGAAGAGUAAUCUUGGCACAACUUGUUAAUGUUAUAGGAAUUGAAAUUUAUCCAAAAUAUAUUAAAUAUUAAAAUAUAAUAAAUAU